UGUUCAUAAACGCUGUGCUGUAACGUGGCCGUGUAACCCGUGGACUAAUACGCAGUCUGUAGAGUAAAGUGGGUUUCUUAAACAGUUUAUUAAACCGCAGGACGCGCACAGCUGCUGCUGACAUCACUGUGUAAAUAUGAUGGAGGAUUUCUCUGGUUUGGCUCUCCCUCCUCUGUUUGGAGGACACAUCCUGGAGGCAGAGCUGGAGCCUGGUGGUGUGGAGCUGGGACCAGGAGAGGUGGAGCUGGGCCCGGGAGGCAAUGAGCUGCUUGAGAGUACAGCACAAGAGGAUGAAGAGAGAAGAGCUCUUGAUAAGAGGAAAUAUCUGGCUCUGAGCAGGAGGUGUAAAGAAAUUGAACAGGUAAAUCAGAAGAUUCUUGGUCGCCUCCACCAAGUACAAAGAAUCACACGGCGCUUGAAGAAAGAGAGGCGGUUUCUCAUGAAGACUUUAGACGCUCAUGGGGAUGACUACAGAAACGCCCAGCUCACUAUAUUUCUAGAGGACGAGUCUGGAGCUCAUUUAGAUCCUGCUGCUGGAGUGGAGGACGACCGGCUUAACGGUGUGUCUGGUUCCACGUCGUCUGCAGCGUUGCAUCACGCUGCUGGACCGAAGAAGAGGAGGCACCGAAUUCCACGACAAGAAAAAGAUAAAGACCAACAGACUGAACCAGACAUUUCAGGGCUGGCAGAGACAAAGUUUGGAGAAAUGCCCAGCCCAACCUCUCUGUCUCACUGAUCAUUGCACUGACCUGGAUAAAAUGAUGAUGAUGAUGACGAUGAUGAUGAUGAAGGAGCACCCAUAUACUAAAAGUGUUCAGUAGAUACGCUGCCUCUGUUAGCCAGGUUUUGAACUGUUUUACUUGAACAUUGUGAACAGAUUGAAUUUAUGUGAGCGUCAAAUGAAAUGUUAUUCACCUGGUACCAUACAUACAUUUUUUUUUUUUUUUUUUUUCUUACGUUAUUUUUUUUGUCAUAUUUUGUACUUAGAGUUGAAGACAACACAUAAUUAUGACCUGUGGCAAACUGUCAUGGACAACCUUGUUUGGUAAUUAUCUGACAACCCAGAUAUAAUUAUCAUAGAGCAGCAAACGUGUUAUUAAAGGUCCAGUGUGUAGGAUUUGGUGCCAUCUAGUGGUGAAAUUGCAGAUUGCAGCCAACUGAAUACCCCUCACCUCAAACAAGCAUGAAGGAGCAACUACAGAGGCAGUGAAACUCGCAAAAAACGUAAAGUACCUAUCUAGUGCCAGUGUGUGUUUGGACUCUUUGGAAGAGGACCCGCUCCCUCUGUAGAUAUAAAAGUCUCAUUUUAAGGUAAUAAAAACAUAACGAUUGUUAUUUUCAGGUGAUUAUGAAAUGAUAAAAACAUGUUACACACUGGACCUUUAAUGGAUUUUAAUAUACAUUCCUGGAUACUGUCAAUGAUUUCAUGGUUUGUGAUUUUAUACCAGAAGCAGACUCAUGAUUAGCAUUAAAGUAUUACAGACUGCUA